UUCUCUCUGGGCUGAUUGUCCUAAUGAUUUCGAUCGAUUUGGACUAGUCUAUGUUCGUUUGACUUUUAUGCUGCCCGCAUCUUUUUCAUGUCAUCAAUGGUGGAGUCUAGUUAGGGGCUCAUCUUUAAUGUUUCAUCUUGCAAUUUUGAUUCGUGGGCGGUAAAUUUUGUAGAAUUCAUGGUCCAAUUUCGGGAUACAAGGAAAUUCGUUAUACGCACAAUCAAUUUGCCCUACCUUUUAUUUUCUCCUUUUUUUGAUUUUUGUUUUGUUUUGUUUUGUUUUGUUUUGUUUGUUUGUUUGUUUUUUUUUUUUUUUUUGGUUUGUGAAUCUGGAUGAUCGGGUGGAAGUACUUGAGUAUUAGGCAUUUAAGUUGUGGAAACCGAAGGAAUACAAUUAAAGGGUAAAUCUAAAAGAUGGCAAAGUAGGCAGAAUACUCACAAACUGAUCUGCUGGGGAAGGAGCAGUCCAGCCGAGUAACACCUUGUUUCGAGGACAUAUAUGUAUUCCCAGGGACUUAAUGUUUAGCAGAAGGGGGGAAAAUCAUUCUUGCCUUCAAAAGCCCCAUCUCUAACAUCCUAUAGAACUCAUGUGCUAAGCAGGAAGCGAAGAUUAUUGUUGGGAUCAAAGAAAUAAAGUACAGUGUAGGGCUUUGCUCAAUACUGUUUGAAAUUCAUUGAAUGGCGGAGAAAUCAUGCAUGAAGCGCCUUCAGAAGGAAUAUAGAGCUCUUUGUAAAGAACCAGUGCCCCAUGUUGUUGCUCGUCCAUCACCUAAUGAUAUACUUGAGUGGCAUUAUGUGUUGGAAGGAAGUGAAGGAACACCUUUUGCAGGUGGAUAUUAUUAUGGCAAAAUCAAGUUUCCUCCUGAAUAUCCAUAUAAACCUCCUGGAAUCAGCAUGACUACACCUAAUGGACGCUUCAUUACGCAGAAGAAGAUCUGCUUGUCCAUGAGUGAUUUUCAUCCAGAAAGUUGGAAUCCUAUGUGGUCCGUAUCAAGUAUACUUACGGGGCUUCUAUCCUUCAUGAUGGACAGCAGUCCAACUACUGGCAGUGUGAGCACUACUACUGAAGAGAAGCAACGCUUGGCAAAAUCUUCCCUUGCUUUCAAUUGCAAGAAUGCAACAUUCAGGAAAAUGUUCCCUGAGUAUGUUGAUAAGUACAACCAGCAGCGGCUUUCCGAGCAAGCUGCCUCUGAAAAAACAGCAUCUGAGGUGGCAUCUCGGGACAAAAGUUCAAGGCCCAUGUUGAGAAAAGUUAGAGAGUCUACAGGAGAAGACACGAAAGCAGUAGAUGAAUUGAAAGAGGUGAGGAAUAACAGAAAGCAAUCUUUACCCACAUGGAUGAUGUUGUUGCUCCUCUCCAUUUUUGGGGUUAUAAUGGCAUUGCCUCUACUUCAGCUGUGAUCGUGGACCAAAAAAGAAUCUUUAUGGGUGUGUAUGAGGAUCCAUAAAGUGUCGUCCUUACUGGGUUUGGUUCUAUAAGCUACUUGGUUUUUUUUUUUUUUUUUUCUCAUGACUAACAUGAAUUGUAUAGGGAAUUGUUGACGUGAAGGCUGCUUUCUAUUUUUGGGCUGAUUCUACUCCUUUUUGUCUUCGGUGCCAGCUUCUUGGUGGCAAAUACCAAAAAGCUGCGUGCUUGUGGUUGUUCAAUAAAUCCAGUCUGAGGUCGUCUUCUGGUCUUGUUAUUGGUUAAAUGGUUUUGGUGUCAUGUAGUGUAUAUGCAUGCAAUGAUAAAUAUUUAAAUCCACGCAUUUGGGAUCCUCA